AUGGCCGACGGACGGGACCAUGGAACGCUCCCUUCCAAACGGUCACUCACUCCAAAUCGACCUAUCUACAGCUCUUUUAAUGAGGCUCACCGAAACAUUGCGCCGCCUACUCCAAAGGUUGCUUUCGACGAGGAUCUUAGAAACCAAACGAAAUUGACUCCUGAGCAAGUCGAUGAUAUCCUAAGAGACUCUAAUGAGUCCAAAAAUUUUAGAAAGUUCAAGGACAAGGUGUUUUUGGAAGAGACAAAGAAAUCUGUCAAUAUUCAAACUGGUUGUGAAAUGAGCCCCACCAGCCCUGAAUCUCUAUCAGCAAUGAACUCUCAAAGCAAGACUGCCGACCAUACUUCCAACCAGGCUUUCAAUGCCUCUAUAUCAGUUUGCGCAUCUGAGAACGAGUAUGCUUUCAUUGAAACUUCAGUAACAUCACACAACUCGAAGGAUGCAGGCAAUCAGCCUGCUGCCACCAGAGACCCCUUUGCGAGUCAGACUUCUCUCAACAACUUUCCGGAUGCUUCCUCCUUCUAUCCCGAAGACGGUGCCCCCUACAGCCCCGAUGCGACUGAUGAUGAGUUCAUUUUGGACACUAUUAAGCUUGAUCCUAAGUCAUCGCCUAUCCUGGCAUCACUGCCAGUUCUCCCUCCGCCUGCGGUAUUGGGCCCCCAGAACUCUAUUGGGCAAACGUCCCAAACUCAUAUCGAUGAUAUCACAAAGAAGAAUGCAGUCUCCGGCUUCUUUAAUGCUACACAAGAGUCAACUCACAAUAUUAUCCAGCAACCCAUAUUCACUGAUCAAGGUACCCCUCUUGGAUCAUCAGUCCCCUCUUUGCCUCAACAUGGUGACAAAAAGGAGACAACAAAACUUGAGCUACAGUACGAUGCUGAUGUUUCCGAAAUCUCUGAAGAUCAUAUCAAGGAGAACGACAAAGACGAGGCUUCUGUUAGUCGUCUAAACCCUUUUCAUGCCUUCUCGGCCUGUUCAUCCAAAGAAUCUGAGAUGAAAUGUGAACAAAUUGAGACCGAAUCCAAGAAGCUGUUCAUGCGCCCUCACGCUGAAAAGGAGGUCUCCCGUGCUCUCCAUCAUGCCACGGGUAUCAGUCAGCCGUCUAGCGGUCUCAUUGUCGAUCGAACACACCCCUCACGCAUUAAAGACCUUCACAGCUCACCCUACAAGACUGGGAACACUCAGGAGACUGAAUUUUAUCAUGCUCCUGCUAUUCAAUCAUCUUGGGAAGUCACUGCAUCUGGUGUCAAGGUACCUGUUCCUAUCCCACAUGCCCGAUCUGAUGAGGCGAGUAUGCAGGAAGCGGAGCCAUACGAUGCCAUAGGCAACAGUCAGCCAACAAGAAUGUCAAAGGGAGUGAAAGGAAGGGCAGAUAUCGAUAUGGAUGACGACUGGAGGACCGUCACCGAUGACCGUGACGGCUUUCCUGUUGGUACCGUCGGACGAGUCAUAACAGGCAGCAGCAUUGCUAAUGUUUCUGAUGCUCUUCUUAUUCAGAAUCAGUAUAAUCAAAGCCGCCGAGUUCCUUCAGCUACCACAGCUUGGUGGGGGAAACCUUCCGCCAUACUCCCUCUUCCUUCACCAUCGGCUCCUUUUCCCUUGCUUGACUCCCUUCCCAGCCGUCCUCCUCCUAUAAUUCCCCGCCGACAGCGGCAACCAGAGUAUUGGGAAGACAUCGAGUUGGAGUCAGUGGCGGCGCCCAUGCGGACAACUUCUCGCAUGGCAAAGACUGGUCAAGUUGGUCACAAAGAGUAUGCUAACCUCCCAUUUCCCCUAGUGCCUCGAGAGGAUGCAGCCAGACGUCAGGCGGUGCGCCGCGCAAGCGGCUUAGAAGACCAGACUUUAUCUGGUCGCGUGCUUUCACCGGGAAUGCGCAUCUCUUCUACACAAGACAGCACUUACGCUCUUCCUCGUCCUGCUGUUCGAAAGGACUCUGCUCGUUCACUCUUCUCUCGGAUUAACAACCCGAGCUUUGACUGUCGCGAUCUGUUUGUUUCUGAACAUCAACAAAAUCCUUUCCGGCAACCUGAACACGAGUUCUACAGCUCGCAAUUCGCUCUACGUCCUCGUCCCUCCCAAAAUCCCAGAGACAGAGCUUCAACCACGACCAGCCGCAAGAUGAACCGUAUCAGCCCUCAAGCCGCCGCUGAGGCUCUCGCCAUAGACCAGCAGAUCAAUCGCCCGAUGUCACCUCAUCUUUAUUCUACCGAGGUUCUUGCGCGCUACCGCGCCUUUCAUGCUGUCCGAAACGCUGGUGGUCGUGGCACCGACUCUGAGCUUGCCGACAUGGCUGCAACCGUUGACGAUCUCCCUCUUUCCGACAUGGCACAGCGCCGUCAGAAGAUCUUUUACUGUGUCAUCAUGACUACCACUCUGUUUCUUCCCUUUGUCGGAUACAUUAUUCUUGCCUGCCGCGCUGAUCACAUUCUUUCGGCCAUCACCCAUGGAGAAUGCUCUGGACUCUCUUAUGCUCAGCGACGCAACCUGCGAAUCAUGCAGCUCGGCGGCUUCGGUGUCUGGGGAGUUGCUGUUGCUGCGGGUUUGAUCGUCUUGGCAGCCACCCGCACCUAG